AUGCAAGUGCAUGAGUCUGUGAAAGAUGGUGCUACUCAAUCAUUUAUUUCACUUAAAUCUGCUACUAUGAUGGGUUUGAAAUUGUCUUCUAUGAGUGGGAGUAUGGUGAUCGAUACUCUGACUAAUGGUUUUGUGACUACUGCGCUAGUCUGUUUGAGUUUCCCUUUGACCAUUUAUGGUAAGAGUUUUGUGAUGGAAUUGGUGUGUUUACCAUUGCUCCAAAUUGAUGUUAUUCUUGGAAUGAACUGUUUAGAGUUCAACUAUGUUCAUAUCAAUUUCUACAGUAAGACUGUGAGGUUCCUAGAGUGUGGUGAUGGUAGAGAGCUGCUGUAUUUAUCUGCUAAGCAAGUAGAAGGACUUUUAGAGGAUGAAGCUCAGAUGAUUGCAAUGUUUUCAGCAUUGCACGUUGAUCAUGAAAUUUUUAGUGUUGAGUUACCUGUUCUUUGCGAAUUCCCUUAG